CCUCCUCUUCUUAUAAAUACAAAGGCAGAGCUGGGAUCUUGGGGCAUCAGAGAGCCCAGGAGUGCUCAGGCUGGCACAGUCUGCCCACCGGGAAGAUGAAGACCUCGAUUGCUGCCCUCUCAGUCCUCAUCCUUGCCGCCCAGGCUGCGAAGGAUCUGGCCAUGAUGAAGAACGUGAAUCAACAUUCAAUGCUGUCUCAUGGAGGCUUUCACCGUCCUGCUGACUGCUGCUUCUCUUACACCCCACGAAAAAUCCGAUGUGUCAUCAUGAAAGCUUAUACACUAACGGCCAGUGAGUGCUCCCAGCCUGCUGUCAUCUUCCUCACCAAGAAGGGGCAGCGUGUCUGUACCAACCCUGAUGACGAGCAAGUUCAGAAAUGCAUGUCAGAGCUGAAGCUGACCUCCACCACCAAGGACCUGAAAAGCAUACUGCUUAAGAAGGAACACUUGAAAUUGGCCAGCUCCCCUCCAUCCUUUUGGCGCCGACCACCUCUUGGGGAAGCCUUGGCCUGAAUUAUUUUUAAAAAAGCAACAAUUACUGUUCUGUUCUGGUUACAAAAGCAAAGCAGAAAUAAAGAGUAUUCCACUGCA